AUGCCGGCGUCAGAGUAUAAGCAGAAGGUCCGGAUUACGGUUCUGGGGUCGAAAAACUCUGGCAAAACAUCCUUCGUGUACCGAUAUCUCGCUCGGAUAUCUUUGAAGAACGAUGAAAAAGCAUCGAACACCACCCCUUACGACAACAUAUACAAUCACUGUGUUUGCCUUGAUCACGUUCUCUUCGAUCUCGAAAUAGUGGACUUGGGGCAUCCUAAUAAUGGAGCCAAGUUCGAGAAAUCAUCUGAUGCUUUCAUAGUCGUUUACUCCCUCACCGCGAAGGCGGACUUCGAGGAAGCCACCGGAACUUGCCAGCGUCUCAAGCUCAUGUAUCCGAGAAAACCUGUCCUGCUGGUCGGGAACAAGGUCGAUCUCGAGAGAGAAGUGGACCUCGGUGAAGGCCACCGCUUGAACGGAGAGCUCUCAGUUGAGCUUAGCUCAGCCCAUGACAACAGCUGGGAGGUCCAUCAGGCGAUGUAUCUUUUACUGCGAAAGGUUUCUGAGAUCUAUCAGCUCCCUGUCCUUUUGAAGGCGUUGAAAGCCCAAUCCAUGGUGAAAGGAGAUUACGAAGAUUCUCUGAAAAUGUCGUCGGUGUAAAGAAAGGCUUUUGCCUCAUGGAAUAAUACACGAUGCGUCGAGAGGAGAUCAUUAUUCACAAUAAAGGAAGCUCCGAGAGCAUCUCGGGCAGUUGAUGAA